AUGGUUGUGACUGAUGAAUGCUUGGAGAAGAUCGCUGCUUCUUUCAAGGACUUUAAGGUUCUUGUGUUGACUUCUUGUGAAGGUUUCUCUACUGAUGGUCUUGCAGCCAUUGCAGUAGCUUGCAGGAACCUGACAGAGCUGGAACUGCGAGAGUGCAUAGUUGAAGAUCUUGGAGGAGACUGGCUUAGCUACUUCCCAGAGACUUUGACUUCUCUAGUCUCUCUUGACUUCUCUUGUUUAGACUCAGAGGUUAAACUCUCAGACUUGGAGCGUCUGGUGAGCAGGUCUCCAAACCUCAAGUCUCUCAAGCUGAACCGAGCUGUGAGUCUACACGCUCUCGGGAGCUUGCUUUGUCUAGCUCCACAGCUGGUUGAGCUUGGCACAGGUUCUUUCUCAGAUAAGCUGGAUCAAGAAGCGGUUUCAAAGUUAGCACAAGUUUUUACAGAGUUGAAGGAGCUUAAGAGCUUGUCUGGUCUUUGGGAUGUCCUCCCUGAGUAUAUUCCACUUCUUUACUCUGUUUGUCCUGGUCUUACCUCGUUGAACUUGAGCUAUGCUACUGUCCAAAUGCCUGAUCUUGUCGAGCUUCUUAGUCGAUGUUCCAACUUGCAGAAGCUAUGGGUAAUGGACUUGAUAGAGGACAAAGGUCUUGAAGUUGUUGCCUCGUCUUGUAAGGAGCUGCGAGAACUAAGGGUGUUUCCAUCUGGAGCUGAUGUCGAUGAAACAAAUGUAGCUUUGACUGAACAAGGUCUGGUCUAUGUGUCUGAAGCCUGUCCAAAUCUUGAAUCUGUUCUCUACUUCUGCGCCCAGUUUACGAACGCAGCUUUGGUUACCAUAGCAAAAAACCGUCCAAAUCUCAAAUGCUUCCGCCUCUGUGUGAUAGAGCCAUUUGCUUCUGAUCACGAAACACAUCAGCCACUCGACGAAGGAUUCAAAGCGAUAGUUGAGAGCUGCAAGGACCUUCAACGUCUCUCCGUCUCUGGUCUCCUCACUGACAAGGCCUUUGAACACAUUGGGAGACAUGGCAAGAAGCUUAAGAUGCUAUCAAUAGCGUUUGCUGGAGACAGUGACUUGAUGCUUCAUCAUUUGCUGUCUGGAUGUGAGAGUUUAAACAAGCUAGAGAUAAGGGAUUGCCCUUUUGGAGACACUGCUCUGCUUGAAAACGCUGCGAAGCUAGAAACCAUGCGGUCCCUUUGGAUGUCGUCUUGCGGUGUUAGUUUCGGUGCUUGCAAGCUCCUGAGUGAGAAAAUGCCAAAGCUAAAUGUUGAAGUCAUUGAUGAACAUUCUCCAGAGACGAGACCUGACAGCUCACCAGUUGAGAAGAUAUACAUUUACAGAACAGUCGCAGGACCGAGAAUGGACAUGCCUGAGUUUGUGUGGACAAAACACAAGAAUCCAGAGAUUGGAGUUUCACAUCUAGCCAUAGAGUAAAGUUGAUGUUUCAGAAGUUUCACCUUCUAUUUAUGUUUGUUGUCUCAACUAAAAUGUUGGAAUCAUCAGAGCAAUAUAAGCAUUUCAAUAACUUUGUAAUAUGUUAAGCAAAUCUCGUGUCUUUGUACUUAAGGUUUGGAAUAAAAAUUUCUCAAUAAGAUAUAUAUUCAUCA